UGAUUCUCUGUCUUGGAGCUGAAAAAUACGUCUCAGAUCUACAUUUGUUCAGGGGAUGUUAGAGUCUGUGUCGUUGGGUCUACGUUUGGUCCGGUUUUAGAGCUCCAGAAGAGGAUCUUUGAGGCGUGGGAGGUGAGGAAGGCGAUUGAGAGCAAGAGGAACGCAGCAGAGACUAUAUAACCUGCUGACAUGUUUUUUGAAAUCUUCUGUGCCUUCAGAUCUAAUGCUGCCGUUCAGGCUUUCUGUAUGAAAGAGAGGGAGGCCUCAGAUUGAAAAGUUUACAGUUAUGUGCGUCUCUCUGCGGUAGUCUACGUGUUCUGUGUGUCCGGUUCUCUGAGCACCAUGUCAGAUGACAUCAAGACUUUGACGUGGAGGAGCAUGUCCCCCAUCGGCCGGUCGGAUUCCUCAGAUAUGUCCCCCACCACUCCUGUCGGCAGAGAAAGCAUCUUCACAGUGAAAAUCAUCAAAGUCUGCUUCCUCAGCAACAGCUCCAACCUAGGGAAGAACUUCAAACUGGUCCGCUGUGAGGAUGGGUGGACUAUCAAGAAUGUCAUCCAUACGGUGCUGUCCAGCGGCUGCGUGGGUCCAGACAUAAAGAACAGCCUCUGUUACGGCCUUCUUCUCAAACACCUCAAGUCCUCAGAGAUGCACUGGCUGCAUCCAGAUCUGACUGUGACCGAGCUCACCCAGCGCUAUGAGCAGCAGCAUGUGGAGGCUGAGUGGAGAUAUGACCUGAGGAUCAGAUACAUCCCAUCAAACUACAUGGAGACCUUUAAGGAAGAUAGAACAACCAUGCUCUACUUUUACCAGCAGGUACGAAGUGAUUAUAUGCAUCAUUAUGCCUCCAAAGUCAGCGAUGGGAUGGCCUUACAGCUCGGCUGUCUGGAAAUCAGGAGGUUCUACAAAGACAUGAAUCCUAAUGGACUGGAGAAAAAGUCCAACUUUGAACUGUUGGAAAAAGAAGUAGGGCUGGACUUGUUCUUUCCCAGAGAGCUCAUAGAGAGUAUGAAGCCCAAGCAGUUACGCAGGAUGAUCCAGCAGACGUUUCAGAGCUACUCGACGUUUCAGCAGGACCAGUGCAUGGAGAAGUUCUUCACCAUGUUGUGUCAGUGCUACAGCAUCACCGAGGAGAGCUACGGCUGCCAGCUGGUGCAUGGCUGGAAUCUAGCCAUAGACUUGGUCAUAGGGGCAGAUGGGAUCAGUCAACAAAGUGAUAACGCUAAACCCGUCUGUCUGGCCAAGUUCUCUGAUGUCCGCAGCAUCUCCUGCAGUCUCGAAAGUGAUGGCCGCGCCCUUCUAACCGUGCACAUAGAGGGCUCCAAGCAGCCGCUCGCGGUGAACACUUCGUCUUUGUUUGUGGCAGAGAACAUGGCCGAUUUGAUCGACGGCUACUGUCGAUUGGAGGGAAAAGCCGAGAGUUUAUACAUAAUUAGAUCAAACAAAGGAAGAGACACAAGGCUAAAACUUCCUGACAUACCUCAACGAGUGAAUCCUACUGGUCCUGAUCGAGGUUUAGGUUCUGAUAUUUAUGCUGAGAUUCCAGAACAUACAGCAAUCUAUGAUGAUAAACACCGGAUCUCCAGAGAUGACAUUGUUGUAGGUCGGAUCCUGGGGGAAGGUUUUUUCGGGGAAGUGCAUGAAGGAGUUUACAAAAGCCCAAGUGGAGAAAGAACACGGGUGGCAAUCAAAACAUGCAAAGACUGCUCGGGUGACGUGAAGGAGAAGUUUCUAAGUGAAGCUGAUCUUAUGAAAAACCUGGACCACCCUCACAUUGUGCGCCUCAUCGGAGUCAUCGAGUUCGAUCCAGUCUGGAUUGUCAUGGAGCUUUAUGAACAUGGAGAGCUGGGAAACUACCUUGUGGAGCAGCAGUACAUCCUGAGUAUAGCAAGGUUAACCCAGUACUGUCUCCAAAUCUGCAACGCCUUGGCUUACCUGGAGGGACUCAACAUGGUACACAGAGAUAUAGCAGUCAGAAACAUCCUGGUUGCAUCUGCUGAAUGCGUCAAGCUAGGUGACUUUGGGCUGUCUCGCUACGUUGAUGAUCAAGAAUAUUAUAAAGCCUCAGUUAGUCGAUUACCAAUCAAAUGGAUGGCCCCUGAAUCCAUCAACUUUAGGCGCUUCACCUCAGCCAGUGACGUCUGGAUGUUUGGAGUGUGUGUCUGGGAGAUCUUCUCGAUGGCCCAGCAGCCGUUCUCCUGGCUGGAAAACGGACAGGUGAUCAACCUGCUGGAGUCGGGGACUCGGCUCGGCAAACCCCAGAAGUGCCCUCCCACCAUCUACAGCCUGCUUACCCGCUGUUGGUCCUACGAGCCGCACAGCCGUCCCACCUUCAGAGAUCUCGUCCUCUCCUUCAGAGAAAUUCACAAGAUGGAGCUGGAACAGGAAACAGACUUUAGAAGAGUAAGGUCACACUCUCUGUCUUGCACCUUAGAGACCGGCCGCACAGAGCCUCCACCAAAGCCCUCCAGAAAUCAUGGUAACACCCUUGCCCGUAAAAAGGUUCCGGAGAAAGAUGGCAGGAAUCUGUGGGCGAAAGAGCAAGUGGAAGACACUUUGCAAAGACAGAGGAGAGAGAUGCUGAUGGACAAAGAGUGGCUGGAGCAAGAGGAGAGGCAACUGGAUCCUUUUGUGAGACAAGAUUCACAAACCAAGCUUCCGGAAAAAAGGCCCCAAAACGGUCCCCCAGAGAAACCACCGAUGCCUCCAGCUGCCUCACAGCCUCGGCCCACAGCUGAACUGGACCGGUCUGGAGACGAGGUCUAUACUGCCGUCAUGGCCAUGGUGAAGCAGGUGGUGCAGCUGAAGAAUGACGUCAACACGCUUCCUGCCUCGGAGUAUCCCACCGCCGUCAAGGCUGUAGGAAUCACUCUGCGCAGCCUGAUUCAGAAGGUUGAUGAGAUUCUGCCAUCUCUGCAUUGUUCCAUCACCACAGAGAUCGAGGGCACCAAGAAGCUGCUGAACAAGGAUCUGGGGGAGUUGAUCAACAAGAUGCGGCUGGCCCAGCAGAACUCUGUAACGUCCCUGAAAGAGGAGUGCCAGAAGCAGAUGCUGGCAGCUGCUCACACGUUGGCAUUGGACUCUAAAAACCUGCUGGAUGCCGUGGACCAGGCCCGGGUCAGAGCCAACCUGGCAAAGCCCAAACCCAACUCACAGGACGCAGGAGAAGAUUCUCCACAAUAAGGGAAAAAUUCACAUCCCAGCUUGACACAGAGUCGAUUUUUUUAAGAACAUUUGGAAUUUAUUCUGCAUAGGCUUCGUAAAUACAGACACACGCCCACAAACUUAAACUGAAGGAAAAAAUAUUAUAGAAAAAUGUGAUAUUUUAUCUAGAAGCAGCCGUUUUAUUCUACAUUUCGUUUUUAAAUUUUGAACACUGUGAUAAUGAGCCCCUGUUUGACUUAUCAAUGAAAAAAUAUUUCUUCAAUACUGAUGUUUAACUGCAUAUGUUUUUCUGCAGGCAGAGUUGUGAAUGGAGCAUUUUGUAUAUACAUUGAA